AUGAACUGCGGGAGCUGUUGUGGUGGAUGUAUCAGAAUAUUAUGCUGCUGCGGCAGAGCUUCUUGUCGAGACCAGGACUGUUUUGGAAUAGAGACAGCUAUGGAGUGGGAUGGGCUUUCAGUUUGCCAUGCAGCCAUUGUUGAGCUAAACUCUCCUCUCGACCGAAUAACCAUGACUGACGCCUGGUACAAGACCAUUCAGACUCAUCCUUUUUUACGCGCGAAAUGGAGCAGAGGGUUCAUCGCGAAAGUUAAAGAAAAUACAGAACCGACGUAUCUGGAGAUUCCUGGAAGUCAAGAUAUGGUUGAUCAGCUGAUUAUUCACUCGAAUAAAGAUGCGAAAUUUGCGGAACUGACUGUCUGCGAACAAGGAUUGACUAUUCAAAUUCUAGUGACGAUUCCUCAUUCCCUGGCAGAUGGAACAGCAAUGAUGAUAAUUCUCAACGACCUUCUGAAAUUCUACGAAAAACCGCAUCAAUCUGCGAUUCUAAAUGAAGACUAUCCCGUUCAAGCCGAAAAACUCAAACCAAAAUUGUCUAAAGAAGCUAUUAAAAACUACAAGAGGAAAAUUCUAACCCAGCAGAAAGAAUUCAAAAACGUCGUUCCUCAUCAGAAAUUCAAAGAACGAGAUCCCGAAUACAUGCCUACACAUGUUACGAUCCGAAAAGGAACUCCAGAUGGGCUUCAAAAGCUUCUUCAUUUUUGUCGAAAUAAUGGAAUCACCGUUGGUACUUAUUUGAUGGCCGCUUUCAAUUGUGCAUUGGCUCAAGACAAGAUGGUAAAACUUGGAAACGAGCUGAAAAUGGACAUUGACUUCAAUCUUCGAGAUCGAUUUCCUCAGAAGCUUGGAAAUACUGUUGUAGCAUGCUAUAUCGGUGUUGGAAGCAUCGUUCCUAAAGCGGAGCUUACCGAAACGCUCGUGGACGUAGCCAAACGGAUCAAAAACGAAAUCAACGAGCAACUUGAAAACCAAGAGCCUUUUAUGAUGAGAGCGAUGAUGGAUAUUCUAGGAUCUUCAGAUGGCAAAGAAUUCAAUAAGCCGAUUAAUAAUCACAUCGCCUCGAGCGUGAAUUUCUCAAACAUCGGAAAAUACAAGUUCGAGACCCAGUUCAAUUUUGGGAAAAUUCGCGAGCUUUACUGCUCUGGCAACAAAUGGACCAAGGCAUACGAAUACUGCCUGACCGUCCAAACGACUGAUAAACUCUGCCUUACCAUCACCCACCCGACGAUGCCUAUAUACGAACCGACCGCUAACAUCUAUGGCGAGUAUCUCAUGUUAUUUGCUAAUGAUCCAGAAAGAUUUGGAAAUAUGACCCUCAAAGAUUAUGAGAAUUUUUUGAAUUAG